AUUAAAUUCGAAAAUCCAGCGAAAAAGAUAAAACAAAAACUUGAGCAAGAAUGGAACCAAUUCCGCUGUGUUCGGAUAAUCCGAACUACUUUAACGAUGAUUGUGCGGCCGUUGGAGGAACCGUGGCGGGAGGUGCGGUUGGUGGUGGCCAGGCGACGGAACAGAAGAAGCACCGGUUCUACCAUCUGAAGCGUCUGGUGACCUACUCGAAGCUGAAGCGCUCGGCCACGAUCGACGGCACGGUGGAGUACGUGGGCUCUCCUCCGCCGACGCGUCCCGCUUCCGCCUGUUCCAUCUUUCGCUACCGAAGUCAUAGCGCAUCUUGCAGUGGACCGACCGCUGGCGGUAGUCUAUCGCCGGAAGGGACCAAGGAGGGCCGAAAGCUGGAGGACAAACUGGCUGGAACCAGCCUGUCGUCGCCUUCGACGUUGCCAGCUUCGUUUUCUUUGGCCAACGCACCGUUUGUCAAUGGCCGCUCCCCGGGCACGACGAUGACGGAACGGCGGAGGCAUUCCUUCGGGACGUCCACACAUCAACGCCACCAACAACAUCAGCAUCAGCAGCAAAAGCAGCAUCAUCCCUCGUUGCAACACAACUCCGGCGAACACAAUGGCGUCCGUGGUGUGCUGAUGAAAAAUGAAACUUCCAUCGAUGAGGUACCUAACUCUCCGGCCCCACGUGCCCCCUGCCCGCCGGCUGGCAGCGGAUUCGAUUCCGGAUUCUUGGUAGCCGCAAUGGACGUGCUGUUCGUGACGGCGCGCCACAGCGAGCACGGCAUGCUGUGGGUGAACCAUCUGAAGCUGUGCUUCGACAAGAUCACCAAACAACGCGGCCGACUUCCGUUCAAGUUUCUUCACAUCAAGUUGGACGAAGAUGCCAGCAACCAGCAACCGGCGCAAGUGAUUCAGCAGUGUGAAUCGACCAAACUGCAGAUCGUGAUCGUUUGCCCGGCAUUCCUGGGCCUCUCGGCACCGCUCGUGCACGCGAAGCUAUCUCCUCUCCUCACCCCAACGCGCGUUCUCGGCAUGCUGCUCGAUGUGUCCGAGUGUGCGGUCAGCGAUUUCGCCAAGUGCGCCCUCCCAGGCUACAACCGCUGGAGGACGUGUGCGGUGCGCGAGAAGGACACCGCAUUCGUCAGCGAACUGCUCGGGAUCGCCACCGACAUCUUGGGCAAGGCGUUACGUCAGCAGACGGUCCUACAGCGAACACCAUCCGGUUCCGAGCCAAAAACACCCACUUCACCGACGGCGCACGGAUUACCGGUGACAGUGACGGGAAACAGCAACACCACCACCCCCACCACCAUCACCACCAACACAAACACUUCCAGCUCGCACCGUUCCCACGAAUCGUUCGUCCUGUUUCCACGCAAGGUGAAAGUGGGCCAAAGCAAGAUACUGGCGAUCCUCAACGAACCGCUCACCAAGGAGGACUGGAUAAAGAUCAAGGUGGAGAAGGCGGAUCGGACGAUCGAGAUUACGAACAUCAAGCGCCGCAACCCGUACACCAUACAGUUCAGCGUGCCAGAAAUUUGUAUGGAGAUCUCGAUGAUGGUAAAGAUACGGCUGGAGAAGAACAGUGUCGAUCUCGGAUGCCGGCCGCUCAAGUGCGAGAGCCAGAUGCGCGAGCUCGAGCAGAUCCUGACGUCGAAGGACGCCCCGAUGGAGCUAAUCUGCCAGUCGGUCGGUCUGUCGACGAACGACCGGGAUAAGCUCGACCUGUUGCUGCUGAAAGCGUUCCUGCGAAACGUUCCGCCAAACUACAACCUGUUGAACUACGGCACCGGCGGAGGCGAUAUCGGCCAGGGCUGCCAUCGUGAUAUCUAUCCUGAAGAGUAUCCGACGUUGCUGCACUUUGCGGCCAAAUGGGGUCUGGAGAGGUUGUGUAUGCAGCUGAUCGAAUCUCCCGGAGGUGAGACGACUUGUGAGAUGCGUAACAUUAGCGGUAGGACGCCGUCGGAUAUCGCGGAAACGGCCGGCCACUACAAGAUCGCCAGUGCGCUGAAAAACUUCUCGCAAAUGAACGAGUUUACCACGAUGUAUCACUACUUCAAGGGAGUCAGUGGAGCGUGUCCGGAUGGGCAGGUGAUGAUUCAACCGAAGCAAUUCAACCAACACGCUAGCAAGGGUACGGAAAAGGGAACCGGCGGGACAGUGCCGGCCACCCUUGCCACGCCAACCGUUCGGGCUCAGAAUAAAACCGACGCCGAGAAGAUACUGUCGCACGUGCACGCACUCAAGCAGGCCGAGGGUUACAUCGAUAUGAGCUCCACGAAUGGAUGCGCCGUGGAUCAGGUGGACCACGUGGCCGGAAAUGCCAUCGCCAACAUCAACUAUCUGGUGGACGUGCCGCUUGAGCCGGCGCCACUGCCCGUGCCCGCCGACGAGAAGGACGUUUGUGGUGAGAACAAGCACAACUUCGAUGUAGCACCGGAUCGGGCCGAGUCGGUGAAGGACAUGGCGCUCUGUAAUGGAUCGACGAUCCCCGGGAAGUUCGAUAUCUUCAGCAACGAGUGUUCGGACGUGCUGGAGAGUUGCGGUGAGGUGCAGUCGGACAGCGAGUAUCUGUUUACGCCCUCGAACGUACCGUACACGCCACCGACGGGCCAUACUCCGCCACCGGAACCGGCGGAGCCGAUGAGCGACUACAUGAUCCAGCCCUCUAACAUCCCGGUGCAUCCGUACUGCAACGUGGCGGUGGGUGCGGAUGGAACCGAUACGAUCGAUGGCAACUCUCCGGAGCACGAGUAUGAACAGGCCGGACCUGGAACGCGGGAACCUUCGCACGUCCGGUUAAGCUUCCGCAAGGAGGAACCGGCGUCGGAAGACACGUACGGCACGACGACGGCCGGGUUACCAAGGCGUCGCGAGGGAACAACCUCCUCCGGGACGUCGGAGCGCGGGGAAAGCGCUAGCGGUCGGACGGUCGAUGACGAGCUGCUGGAGAUCAUCUCCGACUUCAAAAACAACGUGUUCUCGAUUCAAGAGGUCGAACAGCUGGUGACGCUGUGGAAGAACCGGAACGACGUGCAACAGAGCUUCCGGGAAAAACAGGACCAGCUCCAGCGGAUGCGCGAGCACUACGAACAGAUCCAGAAGGAGCUGAAGGAUAAACUGAAGCGCCCGACACCGUUCGAGCGGAUGAAGAGUUUCUUCUCGCGCACGAAAACACCACCCGGUUCGGGUCAGGCAUCAUCGUCGUCGAGGGGGACUUCGAAAUCGAAGGGUGGACGCUCGGGUGGUGCCGAGGGAGGCGAUGGAAGUGGCGGUAGCAGUGCUGACGUUUGUGAUGAUAUCAAGUUCUCGAUGGGCGCGUCUGGGACGUCUUCUUACGCGACCGUGCGACCACAAAGUCUUUCUCUCAGUAUGAACAGUAUGGCCAGCGAUCAGUCCGAGGCGGAGAGGAGUAUCGCGAGUGGUUGCAGACCAUAUGGGAAUGUUGCCGGCUUGGGAGAAAGGACACACCCGCUAGAAAGCUGUGAGCGACGCCUUUCGCACAGUAAGUCCUGGCCGAAGGGGACACCGGAGAACGAAAACUAUAUGAUUCCACCAUCACCAAGGCCGGUUAGUGAAGAACUACACGUGAUGCGUGUCGGAGGCUCACGUCACAGCGGUACUAGUGCGACCGGCAGUGGCCUACAUCGGUGCAGCAACAGCAGCAAUAGUAGCUACUCCAGUGCAGCCAGCAGUAAUGGUCGCGAAUCGUCCUCCUCGACGACGUCUUCCUCGUCCUCGUCUUCCGUUUCAUCUUCAUCGUACCACGUGACUUCCCCGCCAUCAGCCGAAUCCCACUACAUAAUGUAUCCCUCGAACGUACCAGUAUUCAGUGGCUUCGAGUACAUGAAUGUGCCCGCAUCGCACGCCAAGGAUUCCACGCCCGAAGAAGCGAGGGGCGGUGGAUCGUCGACGGCAGUUGCGGGACGCCCCAAGCUCGGCCGAACGCCAAGCGAUUCCGGUACGCCACAUCUCAUCACCUUCCAGUCGAUUCUGGAAUGCAACGAAAGCGCCGACAGUGUCGAUAGCGUCACAUAACUCCACAAAGGCGGAAGAAGGAAAGAAACGAAGUCGUACAACGUGAGAGCGCUACGAAAGUAUUUACACCCGAAGGACGAAUGGUUCGGUUAGGGAAAAACCACCUACGUUCUGCGGUCGGUCGUCCGCUCCAUGAGAUGCUGCGACGUGAAACUAGCAAAAUGUAGAUCAUCCACUGUCUGUUGUUUU